ACUUACACUUGUCAAUAACAUGAACAUAACCUUCACUAUUAUUAUUAUGGAUAAAUUAAUAACUAAGUUUUAUUAUUUUCAUUCUAAGAGAUAAUUUAAAAAUAUAGAAAUUAGUUUUUAAAUUUCUAAGCAUCCAUAAUACCUCGUUGUUAUUUAUGCAUAAUAAAAAUUUAGAUAAAAAACACUCGAGUAUUUAUGAAAUGUACUAAAUAUAAGAGUUAAAAUGUAUGAUAAAACAGUUGCAUUUUUAGCAAAAGCUGCAAUUUUAAUUCCGCAAAGUUUUCCUGAUAGCGCUGCAGUAAAAAGUCACCUCAUCACAAAAUGUCGAGACGCAGAAUACGAUAAACAAGUUACCUUAGCUAAGAGUAGUUUUGGACCUAAUAUUCUUUGUAAAAAAUGUGGAAAUCCAUGGAGUUGUGUCGAAAAAAUUCGUAUUGGAAAAUCAAGAAAAUUUAAACACCAACAACAUUUACUAAAGAGUCAAGCACGUCCUGAAUCUAAACUUAAUAGUAUCCAAAAAAAAGUUCUAAAGUUUCAAUCAAAAAAAUUGAUGCGCAUUUGUAAAUUUUGCAAAAAUAUUGCAUUCAUUGGGCCAUUAUCACGUAAGAUUUUACGAACUAAAACAAAUGUUCCGUUUGCAACUACUCCAAAAAAAUUAAUAAUACCAAAUACUCCACAAACUAAACCAAAAUCCAAGAAGAAAAAAAAAGAUGCAUUUGCUGGUCUUAACAAAAUUAUCGUUCAACAAUCUCGGACUCCAAAAUCAUUAAAAGGAAAGCUACCUCAAGUUUUAUCAGAAACGCCAAAAGGAAUACCAAAACAGAAUGUAAAUAAGCUCGCAAAAGCGUUGAACAAAGAAUCAUCAGGAUCAGGAUCAUCAAUAAUGAAAUUAUUAAAAUAAUAUUAAAAAUAAUUUUUAUAUCAUUUUUA